AUGUUAAAUCUAAAAAAGAGAUAUUAUCCAUUUUCGUGGUUAUUAGGAAUUUUGCUAAUUCUUUCGAUUUUCUAUCAAGAAUAUCAAAGUCUUUCUUACACAUCAUAAAUGAUUGUAUUACUCUUAAAAUCACAUUAUGAAGGUUUUAGAUUGAAUAUUUUCUUUUAUGCUUUAAGUUUACUAUUAGAUAUGUGUAGAUUGUAGAUACUAAGUCUGGCUGCACUUAUUCUAUAUUUUUAUUUGACCCACAAGUUAAACAAUUACUAUCUGCCAGAUGGAGGAAGUCCUGUUGGUCAUUUAUAUUUGAAGGGAGGCAUUCUUAAUAACUACAAGCAUAUUCCAGAAAUGGCAAUAUAUUAUCCUGCAUCAUUGGAAGAUUGUAAAAAGCGUAAAAAAGGAUUCAAGUGGCUAAAAGUUAAGGAUUAUGCAAAAAAAAUGGAUGAUACAGCUAAAAAAGAUGUACGCAGAAAAAGGAGAGUUCCCUAUCUCUUUUUUAAAAUUGUUGUUUCAUAAUUCUAUAAGUUUAUGAUAAAUGUCUAUGAAAACGCAUAAAUUGACAUAAAUUUUGCAGAAACAUCGACCAAUUUUGCUAAAUUUUCAGUCAUUGUAUUGAGUCAUGGAUUAGCUUCACAUUGUGAUGGAUACUCUGUAGUGGCAAGAUAUUUGGCAUAAUAAGGUCAUAUUGUCUUUGUUCCAGAACAUAUAGAGAAUAUUCGGAAUAUUUACCUAACUAAUGAAGAAAAUAGAGAAUAUAGAAAAUUGUAAUUGUUAGAUAGGUAAUUAACUAUAUCAUUCUAAAAUAUAGAAUCAAUGCUAUAAAGCAAGUUUUAGAUAUUAUAUAUGAUGAAAAACUCUUUUCAGAACUUUUCAAGCAUCCUGAAAAAAAGAUAUAACCAGAUUUUGAUUAGAUUUCAAUCAUCGGACAUUCUUUUGGUGGAUCGACUGCUUAUGCAAUAGCUCAAACUGAAAAGAGAAUUACAGGAGCAUGCAUUUUAUAUGAUCCAGUAUUAAUUCCCUUUAUAACUUAGUGUCUAUAUAUCUUCGAUUUUGAAGAAAAGAUAAAACUACACAUUCCAUUGAUGAGCAUCAAUGCUGAUGACUUCUAUAGGAGAUUGUAUUCAUUUAUGGAGAAUGAUUAAAGAUUGGAGAAGGCAUUUCAAUUGAUUGAUGUAAUAAAAUGCUUUAUUAAAGGGUCCUAUUUCUGAUCAUUGCGCAAAUAUUUAUAUCAAAGAUUAGCAACAUGCAGAUUUUUCGGAUAUCCCAAUUAUUUGGAAUGGUGAAAGUGGGCUUUAUAGUAUAUCGAAAAAUGUUCAUGAAGUGCAUUUAAGAUUUGGAAUGAUAUUACUAUUGACUAAAAUAUUUUUGGAAGAGUCUAAAUAAUAUCAUAAAAUUAAACAUAAUAAACAGAUUACAAAUGGUAAUGAUGAAUUAAAAUCCAUAAUUCUAAAAGAAGUAGAAAAGAAUUUUGGCAAUCAGAGUUUAAAAUUAUUGAGAUGGUAAGCAGUUCCAAAUGAAUGA